AGAUUGAAAUUUAGAGAAACAGACCAAGAGUAAAGCCAUUCAUGUUUAAACUCAAAAUGUACUCUCCUUAUUCAAUGUGUGAAAGUUUUAGUUCUGAUCGAUUAAAAAACUCAGAUAAUCUUCAAUUUAAACCUUGGCUGAUCGAACAAAUAUCCAGUGGCAAUUAUCCUGGGUUGGAAUGGAUUGAUUCCGAACAACAACGAGUGUUUAAACUUCCAUGGACAAAGAAAAACUAUCCUGGGUGGGAAGACCAUCAUAAAAUAUUCAAAGCUUGGGCAGAGCAUCGCUCGUUCAUUCGUAACCAAAAGCCACCAACUCAGCAUGUAAGUCUUAUGAAAAGUAAUUUCCGGACGAUUCUUCGAAAAUGUCGCGAUCUUGAAGAACAAACCAAUCUCCAUCAACUUGGUCUUCAAACUGGAAACUAUAAAGUUUAUAAAGUUCUUACUCCUGAAGAAACUGCUGUUAAGAAAGGUAGGACAAAAGGAAGACAACAAACAGUUCAACCUGAUAUAGAAGAGGAGUACGGAACAGAUAUUGUCGAUGUGGAGAUUUUGUCCGAUGAUAUCUCAAAUUGGAUCCCAGAUGUACACACCAUACCUGAUAACUGGGGUGCUCACAAAAUUUCCAAUGCUUUAAACAUGGGAGUUAUUCAAAAUGAUCGAUUGGGGGAAAAACGUGGGUCUUCCCCAUCUGUGAGCGUGGAAGCCAAACGGAAAUACCCCAGGUUAAGAGAGCAGCAAGAGGAAGAAGUGGUCGCACCACAGGACAGCUUCACUUAUCAUUUUACUGCUCCCAUUAAUGGGAACAAAAUUGUUGAGGAUUUUAUACCAAAAGAAGUCGUCUUUCUUCCCGGAGCAACAUUCUCCCAACCUGCUCCAGAUGAUGGUUUGAUUCCGGUGGAUGGGAUGAAGGUGGAGGUUCAUGAAGAGCAGUUGGAGGAGGACAAAGAUGCAGAUGGAUUUAAAAUGCUUCUUCAUGCAGCGGAAAUAUCUGCAGGUCCAACCAGGGAGCUGCACAACAAAGGAAAUCGAGAUAUUUAUCAUUUGCUGGAUAUUCUUGGAAUUCCACGUGAUGAAUUACGUCAAUAUUCGUUGAGAGUCAAAUACCAGCAACAUGAAGUUCUUGAGCGUGACUUGAUGGAGAUGAAUCUUGGUUACCGCAUCCACUAUGGUGAUCCGGAUCAACAAUGUUACCUCAUGAAGAUUGAUGAACCUCAGAGGAGCGAACUGAUCGUUGAUUUCGAAAGACCAGCAAUUUCCCUUCCACAAGUUAAAACUAUCGGAGGAAAGGGGACCAAUGGGUUCCAGAAAGUCCUAAAGAACACGGAUGCGGGCCUUGUCUUCACACAGGAUGAGGAUCACAACUUAUUCUGCAAGCGACUCUGCCAGAGCAGAGUCUUCGCUUUCUCGAGGUACGGGGAAGACAACGAUGACAAACAUCCGAUCAAACUUGAACGGGAAGCAACUGUCCUCCUUUUCAACUUAAACCUCUUCAUCACUGAUUGGAUAAACUGCCUCAAAACCUCCAGGAAGAGAGAAGCCAUUGAUCACUCCAUCCACCUCAGUCUUGGGAAGAAACCAGAAACAAGAAGGUGCAAAACUUUUAUCGGAUUAAAACUCAUUCCUAAAGUUGCAGAGACUUUGCUUGCUUUGUUGACGACCGGUAAUUCUGACUCUGUUGAAGUGAGUGUUGAAAACCAGCUUGAUCAAGUAUUGCGGUUGUUUGAUAUUGAUUAGAUCGCACAAGUUGUAUAAUUGAACAUUAUUGUGUUGCAACAAUCACGGUUUAAAGAGAGGUUAAUGAUGUAUUAACGAGUAAGUUUAUGAUCAAUUUAGUUACAUGUGUAAAUAGUUUCAAUUCCAUACAUGGUUUAUUUACAGUGAUUAUGGGAAUACAUUGUAAAAACAAAGUA